AAGAAGAAAAAAAAGAAGAGAAGAGCAAGCAUUGCGUUGCACAACUGAGAGCAGGGUUCGGAGAGAGAAAGAGAGACCAGAGCACCCGUUAGAGGCGUUCGUAGUGGAGUUCCUCGAGGGAAAUUAGACCCCUUGGGACGUCACAGGUGCCAAAGAGAUCACAGGUUGACCUGAAGAAGUUUUACUCACAAACGGCUUACUACAGCUUUUGGUAGGAUUACGGUUCAAUCAUCCGUCUCAAAAAUAGAGAUGGCAAAUGAGGAGGAGAAAAAUGUGAUUGAAAUCUUAGAAGAGAAUGUUGAGAUUGACAUGGGCAAGUACAUCAAGUAUGUGCAAGCUCCACAAUGUGGUGCCAUUGCAACUUUCUCUGGAACAACGCGCGACACCUUUCAAGGGAAGACGGUUUUGGAGCUCAGGUACGAAGCUUAUGUUCCAAUGGCCAUCCGCUGCAUCAAGUCAAUCUGUUCUUCGGCCCGAUCAGCAUGGAACCUCGACUCCAUCGCAGUGGCCCACCGUCUAGGCCCGGUUCCUGUUGGCGAGUCCAGUGUUUUCAUUGCAGUCUCUUCUGUUCAUCGGGCUGAUGCGUUGGAUGCUUGUAAAUUUCUGAUCGAUGAGAUCAAGGCUUCAGUUCCAAUAUGGAAGAAGGAGGUUUACACCAACGGAGAGGUGUGGAAAGAGAAUUCAGAGUUCUUCGAGAGGAGGUUGGAGCUUGGGAAUGGUGUGGAGGAUCUAGCUGGUAGAGUUUGUAGUGGGAGGAAAGUUGAGGUUGAUGAACCUAGGAAGAAGGGUUGCUGUGCUGGGAAGGUUAAGGUGGAAAAUAAUGGAGCAACAGAUUCUCGUUAACGGAGAACGCCAUGGAGGAUGAAGGAGGCGGGAUUCAUAAACAAUGAUAGGACUCUUACCCACAUGGGCCACAUCUCUUUGCAUGGAGGCAAGCAAUUCAAGUACUUGAACAAGAAGUUUUGCCUUGCUACAUGUCCAAGAAUUGCUAGACGAUGCAGUGGACUGUUGGGAGAAAUGGAUUGGAUUUGCUCUCAUAUGAAAGUGUCUUCUUUUUGCUGCAGAGUAUACAAGCUUUCUUUAACAACUGCCAUCUACUCAACUGGGUGGGGAAGGAGAGGCACAAUAGGCAUUUUUGCCUGCAGCUUUUUGGGGUACCUGCCCGGAAAGUUGAUGAGGUCAGGGCAUGCAUUUGCUCAAUGCUCAUGGAAGAAUAUCAAAGCCACAGAUGAAAACAGAUAGCUGGUAAUGGACCAGAGGUUGAGUUCCAGGAUCCUUAGGUCAUAGUUGUGAUUCUGCUAUGUCUAUUUGUUGUUUCCUAUUGUCUUGUUCCUAGGAAGUCAAGUUUAGUUUUGGUCGUUUGCUUCUUGUUGCAUUGUUUUUCUAGCUUGCCAGAGGGGUUAGGAGUUUUAGACUGGAUGUUUGUAGGGACAUUAUCCCAGUUUUUGGGGGGUUUGCUUAAUGAAUUUCUUAAUUUACCAAAAAAAAAAAAAUUAGUGGAGAUUUGAUUUUUCAAA